AUGAAGAAUUACAGACCUCUCAACCGAGCCUUCCAGGCAGUCACCACCACUACUCACCCCAUACACUCACAUCCCCUUCGCACUACUUGUUACCUCCAAGCAGACCAGGCAGCCCAGGUCCAAGAAACCAUCCUCGAAAGAUGCAUCCUUAACCCAGAGCGAGCAGAAACCUGCCAAUCAGGUACAGAUGACGAAGUCGGACGUCACAAAUCUCCAUAUGACCCGUCCAAAACGGCACCGGAUCAGGAGCAUCUCGCGCUACAGGAAGAGUAUAGGCUGGAAGGGGAUACCACUCGCAACCCGCUUUCCGUCAGUCCUGCAAAUAGGGACGUCAGUCAAGUUUUGCAUCCGAUGCUUGGUGUUGUCCAGUAUCUGCCACACUCGAGGAGCAUCAAGGGCUGGACUAGAAAGCGGAAGGAAGCGCUUCUGAGGACAGCGCCGUAUGAGAUCAGAAAAUAUGAGGAUGUGUUUUUGGAGACUAGGAAGCCUCUUGAAAAGGUUCGUUAG